GUUGACUGUUGGGAAAAACCCUGCAGCACUGAUGGCCUAAUCUCCUACACCACAGUGUUUGUUUAAAUUGUAGUAGUUGAUUGCAUUGUGUGAUGAGAGUUAUUAUUGUUUAGGCGUGUUUUCAGCGAAUAGAUUACAGCUUAAGGAAAGCAUGGCGAGCUUUUGGGUUUUGUAUUUGUGCAGUACUUAGCAGCUUUGUACGCGGCUCAUCUUUAUUCACCAAUGUGCCAUUGCUUUUUUGCAGGUGUUUAUGACUGAAACUUGACUGGACUACAGAAGGUUUGGAUUCAUAAUGACGGAUGAAAAUGGAAUCGGAAUCAGAAUGUGAUUAUAUUUUAAUGACACUGGAAACGGGGUUGAUUGUUUUUAUUUUUACCAAACAUCCGGUGGACCAUAUUUUUACGUUUUCACUGAAGUGAAACUACAACUGAAACCUUGCAUAUGAUAUGUCAAGCUAACUUAUUGAAUUAAAAUCCACUUUUGCUUAUACAUUUAAUUUCUUGGAGGGUCAAAUGGAGCAUUCUGGCUGUGUAAAUUUAUGCAGCCUUACCAGCACCCUCCCUGUGAUCCCCUAUCAGAAGCUCACUGACUUGCACUACUUGAGCAGGGGAGGGUUUGGCACAGUGUUCCGAGCUCAGCAUUCUGACUGGAGGACUACAGUGGCGAUCAAGUGCCUCAAGUUAGACUGCCCUGUCGGAGAAAGGGAAAGAAACAGUCUUUUAAAGGAAGCAGAGGUACUCCAUAAAGCCAGGUUUAACUACAUUAUCCAGAUUUUUGGUGUCUGCAAUGAACCUGAAUUCUUCUGCAUUGUGACAGAAUAUAUGAGCAAUGGAUCGUUGGACCAGCUACUACACGAGAAAGAAAUCUACCCAAGACUUGCCUGGUCAUUGAGACUUCGUAUCCUCUAUGAAAUUGCAUUAGGAGUGAAUUUUCUACAUAAUAUGACACCACCUUUGUUACAUCAUGACCUGAAGACUCAGAACAUUCUUCUUGAUGCUGAAUUCCAUGUGAAGAUAGCAGAUUUUGGACUUUCGAAAUGGCGUCAGCUGUCUAUUAGUAAAGCAUCUGGAUCCAAGCCACCUGAAAUGGGAGGGACGGUUAUCUACAUGCCUCCAGAAGAGUAUGAGCCUUCUUCCAGGAACAGGAGGGCAGAUGUGAAGCACGACAUGUACAGCUAUUCAAUAAUUAUGUGGGAAGCCCUAUCAAGAAAGAUACCAUUUGAAGAAGCUACAAACCCCAUGCAGAUCAUGUUUAGUGUUUUGAAAGGAAGUCGUCCAGAUACCAGCGAAGAGAGUUUGCCGUUUGACAUCCCUGGCAGAGACACCUUGAUAGAGCUUAUGACCAGUGGCUGGGCAACAAAUCCAGAUGUACGACUCUCCUUCAUAAAGUGUUUAAUCGAACUGGAACCUAUGGUACGAAUGUUUGAUGAAAUAGAUGUGCUUGAAGCAGUGCUGGAAGUAAAGAAAUCCAAAUUAUUCAGUGGAUCAUGUUAUUCAUCAAGUUCAACUUCUGAGAAGUGUCAAAAAGGACAGAAAACUCUGAAUGUAAUGAAAAACAUCCCUCCUUGGCAGGAUGACAGCUCUGCCUCGUGGUCCUGUUCAGAAGAAGCUGGCUUUUCACAGCCCCAGUUCCUGACUGUCAGCUGUGCUCCUCCUUCUAACAUUGGUCCUUCCAAAGAUUUGCAAGAGUCUUCAAAUGAUUCGUAUUCAAAAAAGAUGGAUUUUAAAGAUAAUUGUAAUUAUAACAUACCAGUGCAAUCAGGGCUCAUCUGUCUGAAUCCUUUAUCAAAUAUCCUGGCUGCAGGGCAAGAUCAACCCAUGACUUUGAUUGCCCCGAGUUUUGAGGAGAACAUGCCUAAUCAGAUUUACCAAAGUGCCAGAGCACAGUCAGGCUUCAACAUCCCUUGCAAACCGUCUGUCCCUGAGUCUGAAUGUGCAGACCAGCUUAGUAAAAUGACAGUGCAACCCAGCCCCACAGUUUUUAUUCCAGAGUAUGCACAGCCAGGAGUAACGCAUCAGUGGAUCCAAGCCAGAAGAGAAGAUGUUGUUACACAGAUGACUGAGGCUUGUAUUAACCAGUCUCUGGAUGCACUUCUCUCCAGAGAGCUCCUAAUGAGAGAGGACUACGAACUCAUUACCACCCAGUCAACAAGAACUGCUAAAGUCAGGAAGCUGCUAGAUACUUGUGACAGCCAGGGAGAGGACUUUGCAAGAAUCAUUGUUCAGAAACUAAAGGAUAAUAAGCAAAUGGGACUACAGCCUUACCCAGACGUGUCACCUACCAUUUUCAGUGCAUCUUCAUUGACCUCCGAGAACCGGAAAAAUUUUUAAUGUUUCAGCCUGUUUUUCAAUGCAUAUGACAUUGGAUUGCCUUCUUCAAAAGAAUGUGUUCUCAAUAAUUCUAUGUAAGUGGAGGUGUAUUUAUAAGUAUUGAAACUCAUUACAGUGAUCUUGAAGAGACUGAGAAUUGGACAUUGUUAUGUAGGAUUCUGUUAUAAUAAAAGUAAAGACCAAA